UCGCUAUCGCUGGUGGUCGACCCCCAAAGUCUGCAUCUAGAAGCACCCGCGCACGUGUCCACCACCGCAUUCUUCCCCAUUCUCUCGGCGCGGCAGUGCACGCCGAUCACCGUUCCUCCUCUCGCAGCACUCCGGCGACUCUCCCGCUGCAGCGUGCGACGCGCCCGCCGCCCGACGACAUCCCCGCCGCGCGACUGACCAGGUGCCCAGAGCAUGCUGCGCGACACCGGCCAACAUGACCACCACAAAUACCAAGAUGACGCUCGUUGAUUGGCUGGACGACCUCUGCGUCCGCUUCAUCGUCAACCUCCCUCAAGAAGAGCUGCUGUCCGUGGAGCGCAUAUGCUUCCAGAUCGAAGAGGCGCAAUGGUUCUACGAAGACUUCAUCCGUCCGCUAGACCCCCACGGCCUGCCCUCGAUGCACCUGCGCAGGUUCUCGCAGCUGAUGUUCCAGCACUGCCCGCUGUUCUCUGCGUACUCGGCCGAGCUGCACCAGCAGGCCUACGACCAGUUCCUCGCCUACAAGACCCGAGUGCCCGUCCGCGGGGCCAUCAUGCUGAACCAGGACAUGACACACGCGGUGCUGGUCAAGGGCUGGAAGAAGGGUGCCAAGUGGAGCUUUCCACGAGGCAAGAUCAACAAGGAAGAGGACGACCUCGACUGUGCAGUGAGAGAAGUCUGGGAAGAGACAGGCUACGAUCUGACACAGGCCGGCCUGGUGCUGCCAGCAGAGCAGAUGAAGAGCAUCACAGUUACAAUGCGCGAGCAGAGCAUGAUGCUCUACGUCUUCCGCGGCGUGCCCAUGGACACAUACUUCGAGCCGCGGACGAGGAAGGAGAUCUCCAAGAUCGACUGGUACAAGCUGACAGACUUGCCUACUGUGCGGCGGAAGAACCAGGUACGGCAGCAGGGCACCGGGCAAGAUUUGAUAAAGGAGAGCAGUUUCUACAUGGUGGCACCCUUCCUUGGGCCAUUGAGGGCCUGGAUCAAGUUGCAACACAAGCUCGACAAGCAAAGAGCUCGCUCUGGGCAGCACGUGGUGCCACCGCCUGCCAUUACAGAUGACGAGGAUCUCCAGGCGGACAUUUACGAGGCUACAGGCGACGAAGGCACCGCGCAAGCUGCUAUGCAACCCCUAAACGACAACUUUGCCAACCUGCUCGCACGAUUGGAGCAGGGCCAGCCUCCAGAGCUGGCAGUGCAGACGCAGCCCUCGACAGAUCCGGCAGAGGAGCUGAAGAAGCUAUUGAGCGUAGGCAGAGGACCAUCGGCACCUACACCGCCUGUAGAAGCACCGAGCGGGCAACCUCAAGCCAAUCCUCUGCUAGCCCUGCUGCAAGGGAACAGCGGCCCUCGUGGUCCUUCAGGCUCAGUCCCCCAGACCCCGCUUGAGCAAAUCGUGCAUACUCCAAUGCAGCCUCCACAGAGCCCACGCGGUCAGCAUCAUCCAUUGCCACCGCAGAUGGGUCCGCCGCCUUCAUUCCCUUUUCCACCGCAUCAAAACAUGACCUUUCAAAGCCAACAACAGCACCCGCAGGAUAUGCCAUUGCACCUCCCACAUCACUUCAUGCCGCCUCCACCGCCUCCGAACCGAAGCUUUCAACAGCAAGAAGAUUACGGACGACCGCCGCUCCAACAUGGACAGUUCAGCGGUGCCCAUGGGAGAGGGCCAGAGGUGCCUGCUGCGUCAGGCCUGCCCACACCUAAGCUUACUGCACAUGCUCUGGGGCUGCUGAACUCCUUCAAGAUGAACGAUUCGAAGCCUACUCCACAGCAGACUCAUGCCUCGUCACAGCAACAGCAGCAGCCUCAGUACAGCACCCCACUACUACAGCAGCCGCAUCCGCAGUAUCCGCCCCACGAACUUGUGUCGCCCACACAGUUGAUCAGUCCACCUACGUAUCAGUCGCCUCCGCUCAGUCAACCACAGCCCAAACCAAGGACUGUGCAUCAGGAUUCGCUACUUACUCUGUUCUGCGCCACACCGCCGGCAAAGUCUCCAGCACCUGCGGAGCCGGCUGAGCUUUCUGCGCAUCCUCUCACACCGGCCUUUGUACAAGCUCAGCCAGCGACUACUCACGCGAAGGCGCCUAACCGGGCCUUGCUCGACCUCUUCACCAAGCAGACGAAACCUGGACUCACUUCAGCUACUGUCAGUGGGCCAAUGCACGAACCAGACUUCGACACAGUGAAGAGGCGCAAGCAGCCCUCCAUGAACGGACACUCUCGUGGCCCAUCGCCGGCAAUCCAUCCUCGUUCUGGACGCAACGGGUCGGAUGUCACUGUCAUUGCUGCUUCGAAACACGCUCAGCAGACGCACGGAGACAUUAGCACAGCGCCCGCACCAGCAUUUCAACCUCAGAUCCUAAAGCGACCCCAACAUGGCCCUAGUGCACAUGCACAAGGUCUACUAGAUGUGUUCAAAGGCCCCUCCCCACAACCUGCACCUGCCCAACCUGCCGCUGGCACAGGACCGACAACGCAGGCAGAAGGCUUGUUGAGCAUGUUCAAGGGAGCGUCUCCUCAGACGACAGCUGUGCGACCAGCGCAAGCCGAGAAUCUACUUUCCAUGUUCAAGGGAGCUUCGCCUCAGGUCGCUCCUGCACAGCCCGCACCCGCAGCACCCUCCCUCUCCAGCCAACCAUCAACCGCACAAGCCCAAGGUCUUCUGAACCUCUUCAAAAGCCCUUCGCCCCAACCUCCAUCACAGAGAACCCAGGUCUUACCAGCCGGCUCUCCCGCAAUCCCCACCUCCCAACCCGCAUCUUUUGACCGCCGCGAAUCAAUCCCCACCGAUCAACGCACCGCGCUCCUUGGGCUCUUCAAUAAACCUUCCCCUCAAACCGCACACCGCGCCCCAAUCCAGCAAUCCCACAGCCCUCUCCCAUUUAGCAGGACACCUAACCCGCCCACGCCCAAGACCGCAAUGUCCGGCCUCGUCAGCCCUGUCAGUCCGCUGCAGCAGGGGAGUCGCACGGGUACGCCGGCGGAUCUGGCGAGUCGGAGUAGGAUCAGCAGUAUCGGGGAGCCUGUGGCUGCCUCGUCUGUCUCUGGGCACUAUGGUUUGCCUGGUCUGCAGGGCGCACAGGGAGAUGCUUCGCGGUCCAGUGAGGCGAAGAGUCCGGUGGACAAGACCUUUUUGCUCGGGUUCUUGGAGGAUGUUGCGAGGCGAGGACGUUGAGAAUUCUAGUCAGGGUUGAGCAGUGAAGGGUUUGGCGUUUAGCAUGGGCGUGUUUGGGAGUUUGAUUGGAAGUUCAUGCUGCAGAUUUGAGAGUAUCGAUAGCUACACACCUGGUGGUGUAUAGGGUAACUGGAAUGCCACACAGCCCAUCCUCGAAGGAAUCUAAUAUCGACUCUGUCACAUGUAUCACUGGGGGGAUACUCGAAAUCAUCCAUGCCGUCCAAAAGUGUAAACACACCACUGCUAUCUACAACAACUUUACUACCUUCAUUGUCGGAGGCGGCCCGGCAUGCAUCAAGCCAUUCGGUGCCUGCCCCCACAGCUUUCUUGUUCCUGCACCGUGAUCUUAGCUGUUUGAACAUAGAACAAAGUCAAUAAGCCGCUCUUUAUAAACACCAA